GGUCGGUCGGUGGCGGGCGCUAAAGGAGGAGGGGGAGGGAGUGAAAGCCAGCCAGCGGUUUCAGGGAGCACCCCUACCGGUGAAGGGAGGAAAGCGUUAGAGUUCGUAAAACUGAUCAGCAGCUCAAUGUCAACUGUACAAGCUAUGGAGGAAGGAGUCGUUCGGGCGCUGAGUGAGAAGGAGGAUGCACUUGAUGAGGAGAUAAAGAGGCUCGAAAGGCUCGACGAAGAUGAGCUCGAAGCUCUGAGAGCCCGGCGGAUCACGCAACUUAGAAAGAAAGCCAGCGAACGGUGUGAAAUGGUCAGCAGAGGACAUGGGAGUUACACGGAAGUCCAGGAGAAGGAGUUCUUCGAAGCCGCCAAGAGGAGUAGCAAAAUGGUAGGCAAAGUGAUUCCCGAGUGUGUACGAUUUUCCGUUUGGAUGUAUUUCAGGUCGUUCACUUUUAUCGUUCGGCUACGUGGCGAUGCCAAGUGCUGGAUAAACAUCUAAGUGCUCUCGCUGUACGACACCUGGAGACGCGCUUCGUCAAAAUCGAUGCUGAGAAGGCGCAAUUCCUCGCCGAAAGUAAGGGAGCUUCGAGGUAUCACGUGCCCAGACUCGGGGGCGCCUUGUGUUGCUUGUAGGGCUGAAGAUAUGGAUGCUGCCCACAGUAAGAUGGAAGAUGGAUAACGUAUCUGCCGCGCAAUGUGUUGUGUUACAGCUUGUGUUGGUGCGCGAUGGCAAGACGGAGCACUCGAUCGUCGGAUUUGAUGAACUAGGAGGCAUGAAGAUAGGAGGCAUGAUAGAACCAGUAAUGCUGUCUGCCAUUGUUACUAAUUUCUUGUCCAGGCCACGAUAACUUCAGCGCGGAGGACCUGGAAUGUCUGCUGCAUCGAUGGAGGAUUACAGACAAUUGCAGAACCACCACACCGACCCAAGAUCAUCAAGACGAUGAGCACGACGAUUAGAUUCUUGCAUGUAUGUCCGUGCAAUAGUGAGGCCGGCGUAUAUGUACAGACCAGUCAGAUCGACUAUGUACACUUCUCGGAUUAUUGCGACUGGACGCCUUAGUGACUGCACAAUCUAUCAACAGCGUGGCUACACUCAC